CAGAAUCGGGCCUCCUUUGAUGUUAGCCUUCCUGGUGGUAUCACUGCCGGGGGAAAGGCGACAGAGGAGGCCAGGCUCGAAGACAUGGAGGCUAACCGUCCUUGCAGAGGGAGUGAGCUGUAGGACGUGGUGAUCUCUUCGGGGUGUCGGCACCCCUAGAAUGGACCCUGCCCACAUUGGAGGGGAUAUGUCACCUUUGUAUGUGCCGAGAAAAAGAAAGUCUGUCCAGUCACAACCUAAAAGUGGAGUGCCAUGUCCAGUUGUUCAGCGAAUGCCAGAAAGAGCCUGUCAAUCAAAUGCAGUUGGAUACCCUAAGAAUGACGAGUCUCAAGCCCAAGAUGCUCUAAAGAUGAAAAGAACUUAUGGUAGAAAAAGGUAUGAGGACCUCCAGAGUGUUUCCUUAGGAACAGUAGAUUACCCAACCACCAGCUGCUCAGUGAUGUCAUCAGGUGAGCUGGCCAAUGGGGAGGACCCAAGCUCCAUGGCCCCGCCCACAGCGAGGCUGCCUCCAAGAUUGGUGGCGAAGGACACGUGGCCUCAAGGCCCAGAGGCUGGCAGGGAGCAGUCCCAGCCUCAGGACCAGGGCUGGAACUCCAUUAGGGACAGAGGCCCUGAAGCCUGGGCCCCAGGAAGAGACCGACCCCAGGAGCAGGUCUGGAACUCCGGCAGAGACCGGGUGGGACACUCCAGUCAAGACCAGACAUGGAUAGCAGGCAGGGACAGAGCUCAUUCUGGACAGGACCAGGCCUGGAUGACGGGUCGGGACCGAGGUCCUGAGCAGGGCUGGGCAGCUGGCAGAGACCGAGGCCAGGAUCAGGCCUGGAACGCAGGCAGGGAUCCAGGUAGAGACCGGGCGUCCUCAGGACCAGAGCAGGCAUGGGGAUCCGGCCGAAACCAAGACCAAGCCUGGAGCAACACAAGCAGAGACAGAGGACACGUCUGGAGACCUGACUUGAACAUGAAGAAGGUCCAGAGAGUGGAGAUGGAGCGAAGCCCUCCUGUUAAUAACUUUUCCCAGCCGCCAGAGGGCAAAGAGUCCUGUUCAGAUGGAGGCAGUGUUGGUGAGGCUUCGACCGCCCAGCCCAGCGAGGAGCAGAAACCUCCGGUCCUCAGCACCAAGAAGGAGCCUCCUACCUACCCCCCCGGAAGUCAAGAGGAGCGCUGGCAGCUCCAGAUUGUGGCCAAAGGCAGAGUCACGUGUCCGAAAUGUAAGAGUGUGAGCAGAAAGACUGUGGAGGGGCUGAAGAAACACAUGGAGAACUGCCGACUGCAACCUUUUACCUGUCAACACUGUGGGAAACAGCUGAAGUCUUCAACAGGGAUGAAGUAUCACAUCAUGGCUGACCACAGUCAUCUGCCUUCGGCAGACGACGCCAAGGACCUGGAUGAUCGCGCCAUCAAAGACAAACUGCGAAAAAUCCUGAAGAGACUGGGCAAAUUAAAAUGCUCUAAAGAGGGCUGUAACGCUGCAUUCACCAGUAUUAUGGGCUAUGUAUACCACAUGAAGAAGUGUGGGAAGGAGGAGUCCGAGCUGGAGAAGAUGCUGUUGAACUGCUCCCACUGUGGGAAAACAUACAAAUCCAAGGCUGGUCUGGAAUACCACCUUAAAUCAGAGCAUGCUCCUAUGCCCCAGAAGACUGAGGAAGACGAGGCACUGAAGGCCCAGAGGGAGGCCAACCCGGAGAGGACGGCCAGCGGCAGGGUGCAGCGAGCCUCGGCACAGGUGGCCAACUUCCACCUGGCUGAAAUUGCCAACAACGAGUUGCCCAAAGACUGGCCCAAGAGGAAGUUUCAGUCAGACCUGGUGCCCGAUGACAAAAAGUUAAAAUAUUCCCGACCAGGCCUCCCUGCCUUCAGCCAAGAGGUGCUGAGGAAGUGGAAGAAUGAGGUGAAGCUGCAGAGGAAAGUCCAGUGUCCCAACCAGGGUUGUGGCUGCACCUACACCAGUGUGUCUGGGCUGAAGGCUCAUCUGGGACUCUGCACACGGGGCGACUUUGAGGCUGGAAAAUAUAGAUGUCUCAUCUGCAACAAGGAGUUUAACUCUGAGAGUGGAGUGAAAUAUCACAUCAACUCUGUCCAUUCACAGGAUUGGUUUGUGACAAACAAAAAAGCCUCCAAGAAAUUUGAGAAGUUCCUCAAAAACCAAUCCAAGGAGUUUGUCCAUAAUGUGGACAAGCAGAUUGUGGAUCAGUACCACCAUCACCACCUCCAGCAUCAUCAUCAUCAGCAGCAUCACCACCACCACCACCACCACCACCAUCAGCAGCAACAUCAGCUCCAGCACCAGCCAAUGCAGCACCCUCUGCAGCCACUGCAUCACCUCCAGCACCAAACCCAGCUCCUCCAUCCGGAGCACCAGAACCUCCCUCCACAGGUGAACACCCAGCUCCAGCAGCCGAUUCUCCAGUACACCCCUCUAGAGCCCCCUGCGGGACCACUGUGGGUGGAUAUGGACCGGAGAGGAGCCAUGCCAGGACCAGAGCAGGCCCCGAUCGAGAUGGAGAUGGCUGAUGUUGACAAUCCCGGAGAGGACAGCAGCGGGAUGGUGGAGGUUAAAAGGAGAGAGAAGGGGGAGAGAGGAGGGGAGAGGGGGAAGGCUGAUGGGAAGAGGAAGGAUUGCCUUGCUUUUGGCGCUGGUGGAGGCGGUAGUGGUGGCGGAGGUGGUAGCGGCGGCGGCAGCAGCAGCAGCAGCAGCAGUAGCAGCAGUAAUACCGGCAGCUCAUCCAGCGAAUCAGAGGUGGAGCAGCAGGACAGGCAAAGACAGAUCGACCAGUGGAAUCUGAAACGACCGGGCAUCAUGGAGCCCCACCCUGAGGCUGGAAAGCGACAAAGAAACACUUAAAAAAACCCAAAACUACACUUUACAAACACAUGUCAGAUGCUCUCAUGCACCACAGCUGAUUUUAACAGAAGUAGGAAGAGAUACCAUCGGGUGUCCGUCCACACUUUAUUAGCUGUGACAGUGUGACAUGAUGAAAACAAAUCCACGUUUUCCCACAAGACAAACAGGUGAGAAGGCAGCUGACGACAGAGCUACAAUCUGUAACUUCUGAUGUUUUGGAAUUUGAGAAAGCUUUUAGAUGAUGACGGGUUCCUUCAAGGAAACCUCAAGGUGUCGGUGUGGUUACGAGACUAUACACUUCUGGUUCAGACGCUGGCUCUGUGUAUUGAAAUGGUUGUCGCUGUAUAGCUCUGAGAAAUAUAGUUAUACCGUUUAUCUGUGUGUUUAUAUGUAACAGAUUCUUUUCACCAACUUUCAAUGUGUCUUAUUCUUUUAAAAAGUUUGAUAAACACUUUUAUGUUUACCUGAAAGGGAAAAAGUUACUCUAAACUGAAGAGAGGAUGCUUCAGACUAGUGUUUUGUUAGACUUGUCUAGUCGCUCUCUCUCUGAAAACAUUUUGUGCCUCUUAAGUAUGAUCGAUAUAACUUCAUACUGCUCAUCAUCACUUUUAAUUACAACCAGUUGGCCUUUUCUGGGCUAAAUAACAUUGGAAGUGUAACUUUUCUGGUCAGAUCUGAUAGAAUCAGUUCUCCCUUACCUUUUCAUCUGUGGGAUUUCAUUUGUUCAAACAGGCUAAUUAUAUAUGAAGAGCAAUGAAGCAAAAAAAAAAAGGCAAAACAAAGUUAAUAGAUACACUUCAACAUUUUAUGAAACAUUUUAUCAAAUGAAAAGAUCAACACCACUCUUCUUAAGUCCAAAACAACAGUCCAUCCAUCGCUCCAGUACUUCAGAGUUGAAAUAGUUACAGCCUUUACCUCCUCUUAAAACCACUAAUUCAUGUUGUUUCAUUUGUGUUUAUACUUAUGAGAUGCAGCUUGUUUAGUACCCAGUGUUAGAAGUUUUGUAAGGGUAGUUUUGUACUUUGGACAGAAGCAGGCUAGCUCUUUCCCCCUGUUGCCAGUGUUUAGGCUAAGCUAAGCUAAUCGUCCCCUGAAUGUAGCUCUAUACCAAACACAGACGUGAGUGGUAUCGAUCUUCUCAUCUAAACAAGUUUAUUUCUCAAGAUAUUGAGCUAGUGGUGACACUGUUCUCUCGAUGUCCUCAACACACAAUUUCCGAUUAACAGAAGCAUCAAAAAAGUAAAAUUGUGAUUAAUGUCAUUAAUUAGAUCUUAAAAUGGGCCGCAACACUGAGUGAAGCCCAUCUCUUCAUGCAGUUUUGAGAUCUGUUUUUUAAAGGUUGUUGAGAUGUGAGAAUCUUUCAUUUGCAGUGAUGUGUUUUUUUAUCUUAGCUUAACAAAAGUAAAGACCACCACCUCAACACAUCCAAACUUCAGAGAACCAUCUAAACUAAAGGUCCACUUACUAGCUUUUCCCCAAGCUUUCAACCACAUCUGAAAGCUGGUCUUCCUCUGUGGAUGGAGUUUGCUUUCUCCAAGCUCCUCUUUCUCUGCUGACAAACCCUGCAGAUGUGAGUUUAAAGUUCUCUAAAAAGCAAGUAAGUGGACCUUUAAGAUGUUUCUUAAGGCUGCAACUUACGAUGAGUUUCAUCAUUGAUUAAUAUGCUGAUUAUUUUUCUGGAUUAAUCAAUGAGUUAUUUUGUCUGUGAAAUGCCCAUCACGGUUUCUAUCAAGGUGAUGUCUUUAAAAGUCUUGUUUUGUCCGACAAACAGUCCGAAAUAAAAGUUAUGAAGUUUCAUAUAAUAUCGACAAAGAAAACCAUUAGAUAAAAUAGCUGCCAAUCAAUUUUCUGGCAGAUGAUUAAUUGAUUAAUCAACUAAUCAUUUCAGCUCUAAUAUUUUCCUUAAACUGCUUUGUCCAUGUUAAGAACGCUCAGUUUGUAAAAACCAUUUUAAACAUUCCAAGUUGGACGAUUGUUCACUUACCGAACUAAUAUCAGCAGGGACACAAAGAAAGCACAGAAAUAUGACGGCUCUUAAUGUUUAAUCAAGAAACAACAGCCAAUAAACUUCGAGGACGUCUUAUUGAUUAUGUUACAGUGCGGACAUGCGGUCAGAGUGGGGGAUUUUUGACGAGCAAAUGAACAGGAUUAUAGGGAAGCACACAUCCUCUCCACCUCACUCACAGACAUUGACACAGGUGAAGUCUCAUGAAGGAAAGUAUUUAACAUGGAGGGUGGGUGUUUUUCUUUUCUGUUAAUUCUUCAAAGUCACACCUGCUUUUGUCUCAGAAUAUUUAACCAAUAGCAUGUAGCCUAAUGUUUAUGUACUCUGCAUUUUGUAUCUACUAUAGUGGUGUACGGUUAUGGAUGGUUGUCAUUGUUGUCAUUUGUUUGUAAUGUUUUUUGUUUUUUGUUUUUUUUUACGUUUUUUGCAUUUAUGAAUGUAUUUGGUUAUUGGUUUCCCGCUCUGUUGUGCACUUCUGUUUAUCAUUUAUCAUUGGAAACAUUCAGCGAGGAUUACCCUUUAAUCUGUGAAUCUGUCUAUAACAAACUAUGUAAAAAUAUUUACUGUAUCUGAUUCUGUUGAAAGUGCUUUACCCUUCAUUGCCCUCCAUCAGAUGCCUUUUGGAAGAACAGCCUGGGUUGUUUAAGUUUGAGAGAGAAAACCUCCUGGUACAUGGGAAGUAUUUCAAAAAGCUUGAUUUUUUUUUUAUUAUUAUUAUUAUUAUUCACCAUGGAUCUCAAAAAGUGGUGGAAAACAUUUUCUUUUACUCAACACUGAGUAAUAAGCCUGAGAAUGCCUUUCUAUCAGGGGCCCAAACACUAAGGGUGUUAGAACCCUAACGUCACUGUUUAUUAUAUUUCUUUUGCUGAUAAAAGUGUUUGUGCAGCUUAAACUGUCAACGUUAGGAAAGUGUCAUUUUCAUGGGAGCUCCGUAGUUCAGUUGAUUAUAUAACGUAAUAUUCAUCCAUUCUCUUGACAUCCCGAUCGAUCCACAAGUGUGUUGAGUGAUAGGACCCAGUACACUGAUGUGCAAGGUUAGUUUUUACUCUAUGUUUACUUAAUAUUAUGUUACUUGUGGUGCUAGUCAGUUGUUGCAUCAUUUACUAAGACAUUGACUCUGAUGAAGUUUGAAUGUGUUGCAGUGGGGCUUUUUUCUUUGUUUAGGCACUGUGGAUGUUGCUACUCAUGCUAAAUGCCCAGUACUUCCCAAUAAUAAUCAUGAUGAGAUAAUUAAUGUAAUUAUUUUUCAUCACCUAGGUCAGUGUUUUCCGACCUUUAUGCCCUGUGAUACCUUGAAAUAAAGCAAUAUUUACUUGUAACCCAUCGUUACAGUGAUCCACUGGCUAUAACCAAGUCAACCAAGAGAGGCAAUAAGAGGCAAUGUUGCCCAGUAAUUUAUAAGAAAAAAAGCAAAGAUGAGAGGAACAUCUGGAAACUAUUUUUGCAUGGUUUUUUUUAACCUGUUAAUUUUCUCGUUAAGAUUAAUCUCGUGACCCUUUGAGGGCACAUGAACACAAAUUUGGCCACUGACUCACUGUAUGUGUUCUGCCGUUGCUGCUGAAAUACUUCCCAUGUGGAUUAUGCUUGUGACCAAAUCUUUAUCACCAUGCAUGCACUUUGAACUGUUUGAUGGCACAAAGAACAGCAUUGCUCAGCAUUAAGAGAGCACCCUGGAUCUCUGACUACAUUUCAUUUUAUACUUAAAAAAAAGAAGCUUUUUCAGUGAAAUCAGACAUUUAAUGGCUUAAACUUCUUAUUUGGCGGGAUAAACUACAGUAGUUUAGCUCAGACAUGUUUUCACUUUGCACCUUGUCAUCCUGCUGUUACUUUAUGUACAGUAGCAUAUGUUUUUUUUAAUGUUUGAGCCCAGAUGUAUCAUCCAAAUUGAGCCUUCCAUCAUGUUUGUAUUUCAGUGCCAAUAGAUGAGUUGCUAACUACUGCAGGCUUGUACUUUCACAACAGAGAGGACUAGUGAGGGGCAUCAAAUAUUUACCAAAUACUGAAGGUUUCAUUUACCUUUGAAUGAUUUUUUUUUUGUUUUUUUUUUCCUAAUCAUAGCCCAUCACCCCCUGCAGAUGCUGUGUUUCAGGGUAUUCAGUGAACAUGUAACAUCUUGGUUAAAAUGGUUGAUUUGGUCCUGACCUCCUGAGGAAGGCUUCAUCCAGUGGCUGUUCUCGCUGUAAUGCUGGAAAUAGAAAGUUACUGUGCUCUGUGCGUUAAAUGAAUGAAAACACUUAAAAGCUGUUCUCACAUCAUGUGGCCCAUCACCACCAUCCAUACAGAAAAUAUACAGUCAUAUAUUAUCUAGGCCAGAUUUAAAUUAAGAUUCAGUUAGUCGCCUUGUACCAUUUGUAAUAACAAAGCAAGAAAGCACUUUUUUUUUCAUUUUAUGAGACAUAAUUUCUGUUCAAGUGAAAGCGGUUAUUGUCUCAGCCAACAGAACAUUCAGAAUCUGUAUAUUUAAUAUGUUAUUACUUGUUUUUUUUUUAGAAGUUAUGUGCUGCUAUUUCAUAGUACUAGCAGUGUUAUAACAACAGAUAAUUAAAAAUUUAAUUCAUGGUCA